AUGCUUCUCCUCCCUCUCUCCGUGCUGAUCCUGCUCACACAGCCCCUGAGGCCACUGGGAGCAGAAGUGAAGACCUAUUCCCAGAGAACAGCAGCCAACACCUGCACCCUGGUCAUGUGUAACCCCGUGGAGAAUGGCCUGCCUGGUCGUGAUGGACGGGAUGGGAGAGAGGGCCCCCGGGGCGAGAAGGGAGAUCCAGGUUCGCCAGGAGCAGUGGGGAGAGCAGGGAUGCCUGGACCAGCUGGCCCAGUUGGGCCCAAAGGAGACAAUGGCUCUGCUGGAGAGCCUGGACUGAAGGGAGACUCUGGACCAUCCGGACCUCCAGGACCUCGAGGUAUGCCUGGUCCAGCUGGCAGAGAGGGCCCAGCUGGGAAGCAAGGGGAUGCAGGACCUCAAGGCCCACCAGGUCCACAAGGAGAAGCUGGGCCCAAAGGAGAAGUGGGUAUGCCUGGCAAGCAGGGGUCUGCAGGGAUGACAGGCCCCACAGGUGUUAAAGGAGAGACAGGUGCCCCUGGUGAGCGUGGAGCCCCUGGAGUUGCUGGGGAAGCAGGACCUGCUGGAGCCAUGGGCCCGCCGGGACCUCCAGGUGCCAAAGGGUCCCCUGGACUGAAGGGGGACAGAGGUGCUCCUGGGGACAGAGGAGCAAAGGGAGAGAGUGGGCUUCCGGACAUCACUGCUCUGAGGCAGCAGGUGGAGGCCUUACAGCAACAGGUACAAAACCUCCAGAAUGCCUUGUCUCAGUAUAGGAAAGUGGACCUCUUCCCCGACGGCCGGGGUAUCGGGAAGAAGAUCUUCAAGACGGCGGGCGUGGAAAAGAGUUUCCAAGAGGCACAGCAGCUGUGUACGCAGGCGGGGGGACAGGUGGCCUCCCCGCGCUCGGCCGCCGAGAACGAGGCCCUGCGGCAGCUGGUCGCCGCGCAGAACAAGGCUGCUUUCCUGAGCAUGACCGACGCCAGGAAGGAGGGCACGUUCACCUACCCCUCAGGGGAGCCUCUGGUCUACACCAACUGGGCGCCGGGGGAGCCCAACAACAACGGCGGCUCGGAGGACUGCGUGGAGAUCUUUACCAACGGCAAGUGGAAUGACAAGGUCUGCGGGGAGCAGCGCCUGGUGGUCUGCGAGUUCUGAGCCCGGGGGGUGCGGGGGGCCUGGCCUGAGCGGCCCACACCUGCACGCGCCCGGCCGUCGGGGAGGCCAGGAGGCUGGCCCUGCACGCCGCUCCCGGCCACCGGCGUCACGCGUGGGACACCUGCCAGAGGAAGAAGGGCCCGCUGCUUUCCCAGUUGCAAGGAAUAAAGUUGGCUCCCCAAGAC